UGCCGCCUCUGUCGAGCAGCGAUGAUCAGCAGUCUGCCCCUUCGUCUCUGUUUGCUGCCGCGGUCCGGACCUUCCUGUCCACUCAAGCUGACAAGCUCAAGCCCUCGGAGGAGGACUGGCAACAGCAGAUUCCUUGCGGUCCUGCAGUGUACGACGUGAUGCUCCCAGUCCUUCUACAAGACAUCAUCGAGGGUUCGAUUGAGCAGUGCAGAGGGUCAACUCUGCAAGCGACUCCUACGAUGUACUACGCUCUAAGCCUCGCUAGGGACACCACCACUGCCAUGUAUGGGGACCUGGGUGUCGCCGCAGGAGACGUCAAGCCAGAGACAAAUCUUGAAAGUGAUGACGAUGCUACCUGGCGUGCUCUGGUUCAGCGGUGGCUCGACUGGCACCCCUUGUCUUGCCUUCUCUCGCCCCUGCAUCGCUCUCAGCUGUUCACGACUAGGCCAUCCCUCCAAUCAACACCUUCUCAGAUUGUUGUCCUUGCGUUUCUCGUCAAGGAGGAGUCCAGCGGAGUAGACCCUCUCUACAGUGAGAAUGUCUUCUCCCAGACGCAGAUCGACCAGUCUACCAGUGUUCUUCCGGCUGCGACGAAUGCUGCUCUUCUAGCGUGGAACCAUAUCUGCCACGGCAGGACCAGGAAGGGCACAGUCUACCUGUCCCUGGCUUGCCAAUUAGCUCAAUCCCCGGACGCCCUCAAACAGAGUGCGGCGUUCGCCGGGGAAGGCAAACUUCUACAUUCACUCUGUCAGUCAAUAACGGUCUGGAUCUAUCUUCAGAUAAGAACGAAGGAUCCCAUGACAUGGAGACUUGUUGCAGACCAUCUACCCACUUCGUACGAUUCUGCUGUCAUUGACAUAGGGGAAGGCAAAGCUGCGACUCGCAAACAACUACGAGCGGUGGAAAGAGCGGCCAUGGUCGCACUGAGCUUGGCGACGGGGCAGAAGAGGGAUGACGAGAGGCCUGUUGAGGAUGUGUCCCUUCGAGCUGUCGUGACAUGCCUCGAGGCAAUUCAAAGCAUGGCAGUAUAUCGGGUCAGGUCAGAGCAGCAAGACAACCUUCACCUCUUGAGCUGCUGUAACGCGAUAUCUCCUCUCAUGGCAGCUCUCGGCACUGCCACACGUCCUCCUGGCUUAGAAGAGCAUCGGCUGCGAUCACGCCUGGCGUACGCGCCUCAACAGACCUCGUCGUCAGGAGACUUGCCCUUGCUAUGCACUACAGCCUGGCUUCACCUUGACUUUGCCAGUCAACUGCUCGCAGCCACAAACCCUGAGGCUGCUGAUGCAGACGCACUGAAGUCAAUGACGGAGCUUCUGCUAUCCGCUGCGCAAUCGAAGGUCCUGCAGAGCUCUGGUGCACCUCAGCUUCAGACCAUCUUGGCCAGGCUGGCCCACUGUCAAACAAGAUGUGCCGCGGCCCUGGACAUAUCGCCGGGCCCGGUCAGUCAACUUCCGUCGGACUAUUCUGAUCCGAGCUACUCGCGAGUAGGAUCUCAUGAGCCCUGGACCCCAACCGACUUCUCAUCGAACGUAGUAUCCAGCGAACAUACUCCUCAAAUUCUUACUCCUCAAACUGGGAAAGGGAUCGAAUGUUCACAAGGCAUGCAACUCCCGUACAAUAUACAAGCUACAUCGGAAGACUUUGAUUUGCCAUUGUCCUUCUGGGGCCCACUACCGGAACUCAAUGCGUUUCUGUAUCCGCCGCCUUGAGCCUCUUCAAGACUCAGUGGGCCACUACGAAUGCUCCUCUGCACUUCUCUACAAUGCUAUCAUCACUGGCACCUCCUUCUUCGGUAGCCACAGGUACGCCGAGGAUCUUGGUCGUAAGACAGUGAGCGACGUCACCUCUGUUGAUGGUCCAAGCACCCUUGAGGUUCUCCUGGUCCCCCGAGACAC